UUUUUAAUUUAAAUACAUUUUUAUAAAAGCAUAAGGUACUGAGAAUUUUAAAAGGCUUCGAUUCAAUUGAAUAAAUAAUCCUAAUUUUUGUAUUCAAUUUUUAAUCCCUAUUUAAGUCGUGGUGCAACACCUUUUAUUUAUUCGUUUACCAAGCUCUUUGCGCCGGAUUUUCAAUAAGUCACAGUUUUGGCUUAGAUUUUAAUCGGGGUUUUGUAUUACGAGUAAUUACAUGUCUUGGUUUCUCUAAUUUUGUGACUACUUGUGGGUGAAUUGUGAUUUUUGGGGCUCAAAUUGGGUGUGUGUGGUUGUACUGGUUAGUGGGCGAGUAAGUGAAUGUGAUUAGUUAGUUAGUUGGUUGGUUGGUUGGUUGGUUGGUUGUUAUAUGACGGUGAAAUCGGCAGUUAUGGCAUAUGGGAAGAGGAUGGCAUGUAAAGAGAUCAAAUGAUUUGACAUGAGAUUAACAUUAGUCGGUGGUUAAAUGGGGUAACUAAGGUUGACUAACCACUAAGGCAUGCGCUGAUUUUACGUAAUAAUACAAUACAUAAGCUACAUUUUGAAGAGGUUCUUAUAAUGAAAUGAAAAGUAAAUGAGGUAAAUUAAUGGUUAAAAUCUAUGCACAUCUAGUAACUCCCUCCCCGAAUUUCACCUAUGAAAGCGAUACAAAAUCAUAUACACAACCAAAAAACGGACUGAGACACAUAUACUUGACUACUAAAAUAUCAAAUACUUUUGAAAAGAUUUAACGACCAUGAGCCUGAAAGAUCUCAACCUGACGAAGGAGCAAAUCCAAAAGCUUCAGCAGCUGCUAAAGGACGAGGAGGAGGAGAAGGAGGAGCAGGAGGAGCAGGAGGAGCAGGAGGAGCAGGAGGAGCAGAAGAAGCUGAAGGAGCAGCGAAAUGGCGAGGACAUUGCCAGGGCCAUGAGCAAUGUGCAGGUCUUCAUGGAGGUUGGCAAUCCAGAGGGUUUCGUGCAGAUGACGCCGCCGCAGUUGCACAAGUUUCACAUUUCCCCAGAGGGCGUGAGUUCGGGAUCUCUGGACUCGAAUAGGUUCGAGCGGGUGGAUAUCGGGGCGAUUGCCCGCUGGGACUUGAAUAGGGUGACCACGAUGAACUACGUUUCCAAGCAGGAUGCCGAGCAGUUCGGCAAGAUCCAAAGGGAUGAGAAAACGGGCGAAGUUUACAUGCUCGUGCCGGUGGAUAUUAACAUAUUGGUGGAUGAGACCAAGUUAACGCGUGAUACGGCCACACAACCCAUCACCGAAUAUGAGGCCUACAAGGAGGAAACGGGGCCUGGUCACACUUUCUAUCUGUACCACGAACUCGAGGGACAUCCCUGCAAGCUGCCGCAAGCGGCGCUCGAUCAAAAUCCCCAGUGCAGCCAGGUGGUGCCAGUGGAACCGCCUGGAGAUGGAACUGGAAUCAACUGGGAGUAUCACAUGCACAAUUUCGAGGUGCCCCGGUUGAACUUUCCCUUCGAGCUCACCUUUGACCCGGGAAUGGAAAUCGAAGGGGAUUCGGAAAGCUAUCCGCUUGUUGGACAGCAUCCAACGGAUAUUAAAUCGACGGAGGAGAUGGACGAUGAUGAACUCACCUGUUUGUCCGACAGGUUCUCAAAAGUACUUUAACAACUUGACAUAACUCGAUUUCUAAUUUCGGUUGCACUCUCUAAAUCAUUAAGUCAAACGGUGGACUUAAUUGUAUAGUUUAAAUGAAUCUAAUGAAAAAAUGAGUAACGAUAUCCAAGAUCAGUUUCUAAUCUUAAAUUCUUAAAUUCUUUAAAUAAACUACUAUAUUUAAUGGG